CCCCAGAAGAAGGAGGUGUGGCUGGGGCCGCGCGCGGAGGAGCGGCUCCUUUUCUCACGCGCGGACGUAAACUGCCGUUGGGUUGUUUCGCAUCAGCUGAUGUGAACCCUCUUAAACCGGUUCGUGAAGCGGGAUCCCGCCGGGCUGGAGGACUCAGACCGAUCGACCGCAGGGGAAUCCCGAUCGAUUAAUCGGAGGUGUGUCAGCUGACUGGGAGCCCGGAGGGAGGGGGAUCGAUCGAUUGAUCGAUCGAUCGGUCGGGAUGAGCGGGCCGGGGGAGGUGGUGUGUGAAGGCUGGCUGAGGAAGUCCCCCCCGGAGAAGAAGCUGCGCCGCCAUGCGUGGAAGCGGCGCUGGUUCGUGCUGCGCAGCGGUCGGCUGAGCGGCGAGCCGGACGUCCUGCAGUACUUCAAGAGCCAGCAGACCCGCCGGCCCAUCCGGACCAUCAACCUGAGCCUGUGUGAGCAGGUGGACGCCGGCUUGUCCUUCACCAAGAAGGAGCUGGAGAGCAGCUUCGUCUUUCACCUGAGGACGGAGGAGAGGACCUGGUACCUGGUGGCGGAGUCCGAGGAGGACAUGAACCGCUGGGUGUCCUCCAUCUCCCUGCUGUGGGGCUUCAACCCCACGGAGGAUGGCCCGGAGAGACAUUCUGUCUCCGGCUCGUCAGCGACAGCGAUGGCCGCGGCAACGAGGUCAGUCCCAGACCCGUAUGACCUGCCGGGCGCCGGGAGCCCGACGCACGGCGGCGACGCAGAGGAAAACUACAUGUGGUUAUCGCACUGUCAGAGUCACAUCGGGCCUCCUUUAGCUUCCACCACCUCGCAGGAAAGCGACUCCAACAGCCUCCGUCUUCCCUCCUCCUCCUCCUCGUCCUCUUCCUCCGCCCGCUCCGGGACGCCCCCCUCCGGCCAGUCCCCUGACGCCGGCGUGACCUCUGACCUCCAGAGGCCGCCCGGCCGACUUCGCUGUCACCCCUCUCCUCACCCCAGGAAGCACUCCCUGGACUUCCGCCUGCGGCCCGUGGCGAUACCUCUCUCCGCCGCGGCCCCCUGCGCCCACCCGUACGCCGCCGGGGGCUACCAGGUGCCGCGCCGGGAGUCCAAAACCCAAAGCGCGCCCCCCUCUCCUCUCCCCCGGGGGUUGGUGUUUUUCUGCCGUGGGACUCCCCCGCCCAGCAGAGGCUCCAGCCCUCGGGCCCAGACGGGGCAAUCGGGCCGGCCCCAACCGCGCGGCGCCGCGGCCCAGGGAGGCUCGGCGGGGGGCCAGCGGCGGGCCACGCUGCCACACUGCUUCCCAGAGCUGGAGAGGAGGGACGGAUGUUUGGAGGGAGGAGGUCUGCCGAGGAGCAACACCGUCACCUCGCCGGGUGGCGACGCCGUUUACGCCCCUCGGUCUCUGUCCCACAGAGCGAGCAUGUUUGACUUCAGCGAGCGCUUCAACAGUUACUUCUUGAAUAAAGGCCUGGUGCCUCUGGGUAGCGUUUGCUCUGAGGACGACGACGUGGACGAGAACUACGUUCCCAUGAGCGCCGCCGCCACCGAGCCUCCUGUCGCCCCGAGUUCCAGGGUGCCUCCACCUCCUCCCUCGGACCCCUGCGUCCACCUCCGGGAGGCCAACUACGUCCCCAUGACCCCCCUCGCCCCUCCCCCCCCCGCUCACCCGACCCCGGCGACGGGCGACCCGCCCUCCCUCGGGAAACGGGUGCCACCUCCUGCCCACGCGGGUUUUCGCAGCCACCCCCUGACUCCCGCCGCCCCCCUCACCCCGCCGCCGCUCCGGAGGGCCGCCGCGGAGUCUCCCGGGGGAGGGGGAGGGGAGGCGACGCCCCCCCCCAUCCACCGCGACCUGAAACCGCAACGCAGAGGGAAACCGGCUCCUCUGGACAUCAGUCCAAUGCAGCAGGAGUGGCAGGAAGUCCCGCCCCCUGUCCGCUCGCCUGUCACUCGAACCUUCACGAGAGACCCGUCCAGCUGCCGGCCCGUCAGGCCGACCUCCGCUCACAGCUCGUCCCCGUCCUCCGACUCCGAAGACGGCGACGACAGCUGCGUCGCCAUGACGACGACGACGACGACCUCCACCCUCAGCUUCAGCCGCCGGCGAGUUGUCUCUGAGGCUCCUGCUGCACCGGGCCUCAGAAGGUGGAGUCAGCAGCCCGAUGCUCCGGCGCGCCAUCGGCGACAAACAGGUGGAGUACCUGGACCUGGACCUGGACCUCCACACCGGGCGAUCGACGGCAACCAGACAGAAACGCCGCACGGCCGAAGGCGGCGGCGGCGGAGGAGGCGGCGAGCCGGCGGCGGCGGGCGAGGAGCGCGCGCGCGUGGACUACGUGGUGGUGGACCCCAGGAGAACCAAGGCCCUGAGGAGCACCAGAGAAGCGUGGCACGAUGGGAGGAUGUCCACGGAGAAAGAGAAAUGCCCGAGCUAACUGCCGCCGACUCCACGGGUCCUGCUGAAGUCAGCGACCUCCCCUCCAGGGUCACGAGGCCGACGGCCGACGUCAUCAACUUCUAAACGACCAUCACUUGGCUUUUCAUAUCAUUUUGUGCGUAAACUCCCAGACGCGUGUCCGGGAACGAGCUCACUAAAUUCCGUAGGAUUCGUCUUCUGGGGACCACGAGUGCAAAAUGUCCUCAAUUACCUGUUUCAGGUGUCGUUGAAGACGUGGUCUGCUGGUGACUUCUGGGAAACACGCUGUGCGGCGUGUGUCUGCUGCGCUGGUCCUCUUUAAACACGUGACUGCUUAACACGAAUCCAAAGGUGUGCGGUAUAUUUAUGUACAUAUAUACAAGUACAACAGAAAGUACAAUGUCUCUGAUGUAAUACAGUAUCAAGUACAAUCAUUACAUCUAAAAUGUACUAUAUUUAGUACAGCAAAAACUACAAUAUUUAGUUUAGAUUCAGUACAAUAAAGAGUACAAUAUUAAGAUGUAGUGGAGCAGAAGUUUGAAUCGUCAUUAAAUAAAAAUACUCAAGUAACAAACAACACAAUGUUCACUCUGAUUCACUUCAUCAGAACAUCUAAACAUCUGGUUUGUUUUCCUCAGUAAAUACUUCACAUAUUUAAAGUUUUGGGGGUUUUAGGACUUUAUUUCAGUCUUUAAUGAACUGAGGUUUCAUAACUGUCCUCCACCCUCCUACAAACACCACCUAUACAGAGAGUUUUUAUAAAGUGACCAAUGAUGAAAUGCAGCCUGAUCGUUUUGUGAAUAUUCCUCCGUAUAAAUGAUCAGAAUCUCUUUACGUGUCGAUAAAGUGUUGAUGGAUCCUGAGACGAUGUCUCUGUUUUUACUGAAUCCAAGUCCAUAACCGGACAAUAGACCCUCUAUAAAUCACAUCGCCCUGAUGUUCUAAUGCGACCGGACAUAGAAAACAAUUCUUUCCAUCACGCCUGUACGUGUGUUAUCCUUUGGUCACGUGUUGCGUGGCGUCUUUCUCUCUCUUUGUAUUGACUUUAGAAACAACAGCUCAUGAGAAUAAAGUGAACAUCAGCAUC